AGGGGCAAGGGAGAGUAAGUAGUUCUGUAUCAAAAUACGACCAACGGACACACUUCAAGCUGUCACUAACCUGACGAAUGACAAUGACGCUCGUGUGGUUGUUUUGUGCAUUUGCCUUGAUGGUUGGAGGGAUAUUGGGAUUUGACCACACAGACUGGCGUUUCGUAACAACCAGUUACAAAGGAGAGAAGGUCAAUGGGGUCGUAGGUCUCAAUCGGCGCAGUAUGUUGAUGAUACCCGAUCCAGUGGAUAAUCCAAGCAAAUGCAACCGAAGAACAAUUAACCAGCACGACUUUGAGAAGCGCUUGGUAGCCAUGAAGGAUCCAGUGACACGGGAAUGUCUGGUGAAGCGACUCGGGAAGAAGGAUACCUAUGAAUACAUGAAGAAGGCCCUGGAAAAUGGGAGUGAAUUUGUCCAGACGAUGGAGCAUUGGGAUGUUGCGAAGAAUCCACUGGCAAAAGAUAAAGUGAAGAGGAAAAUUGGAUCUUUCUUGGAUGACUUCUGUAGCGACUCCAAAGUCUUCAUGUUGAAACCACUUAAGCGAGCUAAGAAGGUAGUGAAACGUAGCUGGUGUAUUAUUUGUAGUUCGUGUCAAAAUGUAGGCUACCCAGCUGAUUACGCACAUAUGAACCAACAAUAAUUGCUAAUAAGAGUCAUACAGCGGAGCAUAGUAAAUAUUUUAAAAUCCUAGUGUGUGUAGCUGUUUAACAUAAUGAUGUGCAAUAAAAAAAAUAAUUCAAAAUCCA